AUGAAGUUCGCGGGCUUCCGCACAGUUUAUAUGGAAGGCUCGGACGACAAUGCCGCCGCUGACGAGGACACGGCUCCGCUGCCGGACCUUGCGGACGGCGAUGCUCUGAAUUGCCUGAAAAUCACGCCGGAGCAGCACUUCACGCAGCCGCCUCCGCGCUUCACGGACGCGACGCUUAUCCGCACCCUUGAGGAACAAGGCAUAGGCAGACCCAGCACCUACGCGCCGAUAAUCGCCACGAUUAUGGAUAGGGACUAUGUGCGCAAGGAUAAGGCAGGUUCGUCCCCACUCAACUUGGGCUUGUGGUUACCGACUUCCUGA